AUGGCCCCCUUCCUUGGUCCAGGGUCACACCCUUUCGCGCCUUCGGUCGUACUGGGGUUGACUAUGCAGGCCCCUUUGCCAUACUCGCCACCAGAGGACGAGGGAUACAUCGUCCCUUCAAAGGGGUACAUCGCCCUCUUUAUGUGCUUGACCACGAAGGCCGUGCACCUCGAGCUGGUUGAUGAUCUAUCUGCUGCCUCGUUCUUGGCUGCUCUCAUGCGCUUCUUUGGUCACCGAGGCCGUCCAUCCGAGCUAUGGAGCGACAACGCUACCUGUUUUUGUCGAGCUGACCACGAACUCCGGGAAGCACUGCAGCAGGUCAAGCUGGAGGGCGAGCUCAUUGCUGGGACCCUGGCUAACCAAGGUAUCGAUUGGCGCUUCAUUCCGCCUGGAGCUCCUCACUUUGGCGGUCUCUGGGAGGCCGGCGUUAAGUCCAUAAAGGGACACCUCCGACGUGUCAUUGGCAGCCGACACCAAUGGGUGCUUACUAGCCAGUCUUAUAAAUAG